GCAACGACUUGGCCGCAUGUGCGGUGACACCCAGCAGCCACCAAGUUCCCUCUGCUGUUGCACCUAGUCCUCCUCUCGCUGCCUCGGCCGCGCUCCAACCCCACCGCCGGGGCUCGCACGCCCCAAAACGUGUGCGAGCUGUGCACCUGCUUGUCCGAAAACAUGUUGCAGAAAUCCGAAGGCGGGGUCUCCCGGCCCCUCAGGCCGAGGGGGAGCAGGACGGCUGCCAUGAUGGUGAGACCCAGGCCCAACAGGAGGACUUUGGUGCGGCCAGGGAGGAGGGGGCCGCGGAGCCUGCCCUCGGCCGGAAAGGCGCGAAGGCUUUGGCCGCCAAAGCCCUGGCACCGCGCGGGGCUUACCGCCGUCUGAACCGGACGGCGGCCGAGCUGGUGCAGUUCCUGCUGGUGAAGGACAAGAGGAAGCCCAUCACGCGCUCCGAGAUGGUGAAAUACGUAAUCGGAGACUUGAAGGAUCUGUUCCCGGAGAUCACCGCAAGGGCCGCAGAGCAUCUGCGGUAUGUCUUCGGUUUCGAGCUGAAGCAGCUCGACCGCAAGCACCACACUUACAUCCUCAUCAAUAAACUCAAACCUGUUGAGUUGGAGGAGGAUCUGGGAGGAGAUGGCCCCAGGUUGGGUCUCUUAAUGAUGAUCUUGGGCCUUAUCUACAUGAAAGGUAAUAGUGCCAGGGAGGCCCAGGUCUGGGAGAUGCUGCGUCGGUUGGGGGUGCUUCCUUCAAAAUAUCACUUCCUCUUUGGGUACCCGAAGAGGUUUAUUACGGGAGAUUUUGUGCAGCAGCGGUAUCUCAGUUACAGGCGGGUGCCGCACACCAUUCCAUCGGAAUAUGAAUUCUCUUGGGGUCCCCGAAGCAACUUGGAAAUCAGCAAAAUGAAAGUCCUGGGGUUCGUGGCUAGGCUCCAUAAGAAAGAACCCCAGCACUGGCCAGUGCAGUACUGUGAGGCUCUGGCGGACGUGGCCAACAGGGCCAUAGCCACCGAGGCCAGGGCUGAGGCCAGUAUGAGGGCUAGAGCCAGGACCAAUGCUAAGGCCGGCCUGCAGAGCUGGUGAGUGAGGGGCCCAGUGUGGAUGGAAGCUACUUACUGUCUUGAGUCGUAAGUAUAGCUAGGGGAGACUCGUUACUUCUGAAGAGAUUGUGUAAGUUUAGUAUUUAGGUCUUGUAUCUUGUUAGGUUUUGUUACAUUUAAUAUAUUGUUAAAUUGCUGUGAGA